AUGGCUGAAAUUGGUGGUUCGGCCUCUUCGGGGAGAAUGUUUUGUUCUGUUCCUGAAAGAUUCCAACUGCACUUGGCCAUGUUGGCCUUGCAGUUUGGUUAUGCUGGGUUCCACGUCGUUUCAAGGGCUGCCCUAAAUAUGGGAGUUAGCAAGCUUGUCUUCCCAGUUUAUAGGAACAUCAUCGCUUUGCUUCUGCUACUUCCCUUUGCAUAUUUUCUAGAAAAGAAGGAGAGGCCAGCACUUACUCUCAACCUUGUCCUUCAGUUCUUCCUCCUUGCACUUGUCGGAAUAACAGCAAACCAAGGAUUCUACUUGCUGGGUCUGGACAACACCUCACCCACCUUUGCAUCAGCAAUCCAAAACUCUGUCCCUGCCAUCACCUUUCUCAUGGCAGCUCUACUCCGGAUAGAGAAAGUUAGGCUAAACAGAAAAGAUGGAAUAUCAAAAGUACUAGGAACUAUCUUCUGUGUAACAGGGGCCUCAGUGAUCACUUUAUACAACGGUCCAGUGAUAUACAGCCCAGCUCCACAUCUAAACAGACCCACACCAAUGUUUGUUUCGCUUGGAGAUGCUAAGGGCAAGAACUGGACCCUUGGCUGCAUCUACCUCAUUGGCCAUUGCUUGUCCUGGUCUGGUUGGCUUGUGUUGCAGGCACCAAUUCUAAAGAAGUACCCUGCCAGGCUCUCGGUCACCUCUUACACUUGUUUCUUUGGACUUAUUCAGUUCUUGAUUAUUGCUGCCUUCAUGGAGAGAGAUCCACAGGCUUGGCUUUUCCACUCUGGUGGAGAACUCUUCACUAUUCUCUAUGCAGGAGUGGUAGCAUCUGGGAUUGCCUUCGCUGUACAGAUAUGGUGCAUUGACAGAGGUGGCCCUGUCUUCGUGGCUGUUUAUCAACCCGUUCAGACUCUUGUCGUCGCUAUUAUGGCCUCCAUUGCUUUAGGCGAAGAGUUCUAUUUAGGAGGGAUCAUUGGGGCAGUGUUGAUUAUAAUAGGAUUGUACCUGGUUCUAUGGGGCAAAAGUGAAGAAAAGAAGUUCUUGGCAUUGGAAAAGGCUGCAAUUCAGUCCAUUCCUGAGCAUGGAAUCAGCAGAGCUCCAACCCACAUCAAGACUUCUCUCACUCAGCCACUGCUUCCUUCGUCGACAGAAAAUGUUUGA